AUGUCAAUCGUCAAUUGGAACUAUGUCCCUAAGCCACCUGAUCCAGAACCGGUCUCUGAUACCUUCCCUGAAGAACCCCUCGACCUCCCUGUCUCCUUCGGUGGAGGAUACUACUCUGGACAACUAGGCACUACCGUCUCCAGCAACCGCUACCUCAUCGUCCGAAAACUUGGCUAUGGUCCUCGAUCCUCAACAUGGCUCGUCAAAGAGAGUGGACGAGCGCAGUAUCACGCCCUCAAAGUCUUCAAAGCGUCAGCUUCUAAUCAACAGGAGGCGGACCGCUUCUACACCCUGGUCCGUGCAAUGUCAGCAAUGACGAUCGACCCAAACCCCCGUUUCAUGGGUUAUUUCUGGGAGGAGAGCUCGCAUGGACGCCAUUUGUGCUUCCUCAUGGCGCCUCACUGUGGGCUAUCGAUAGAGGACAUCAGGCAAGCGAAUACGGACGGGCGCUUGCCUGUGCACACCACACAGUACAUUCUCAGUGCCGUAGCCGGUACACUCCUCGAGCUGCAAGCCAAAGGAAAGAACAUCAUGCAUGGGUCGAUAGCAGCAGAGAACAUCGUUUUUGGUGCCUCGUCACACCCUCAACAUCUAGAUCCUCUCCUUACCAAACCCGAGAUUAUAUCAGUCAAGGGCACCGCAGUUGUGAGGUCUCAACCCAUACCCGCGAGGAACCCCCAGGUGGCAGACAGCAUGGAGACCAUGGUCCUUAAUUGGAGGCUCCUUUUAACGGAGUACAAAUAUGCCCAGAAGGGUCUCGCACUUACCCCAGAGCCUGAACAUGAUUACGGAUUUGCACCAGAGACGUUGCUAUCCACUCCUUCAUGUUCACCCAAGACGGACAUUUGGAUGCUAGGUGUCAUGCUUUUCAACCUUUUAACAGGCCGAGCCCUCCUUACAGCAACAGGAACAGCGGCAGAACGACUUGCAGAAAUGUGCGAGGUUCUCGAAGUUCAGAUUCCAGAGUCAUGGCUUCACGACAAGAACCUGAAGGAUUGCAGUCCUGAGAAACGAGGCCUUCAGAUCCUCGAAGGCCAUCUCGAGGCUGUUUUACCACAGGAUCAAGCAAAGAGUGUGUCAUCUCUUCUGAAGAGCUGCCUCCGUCUCGAUCCAGCGACACGUAUCUCGGCGGCCGAUCUUGUCGCUCAUGAGUGGAUUCGCGCGGUUCCCUUUUGCGAUUGCUUCGAGGUUUGA